AUGCUCUUUUUUUUUCUUUUGAUCACCUCAGCUGUUGCUGUUGGAGCUCCCCCUCAGGUAUUCGAGGGUGCUUCUUGUGACAGCAUCAUCCAGUCCCUCAGAACGUUCUACUAUGUAAAACCCAACGAAGGCUCAGCGGAAGUUGCUAACAUUAUGGACCCAAGUCACCCUGUUGGAGAUUGGAUAUAUUCACAAGUUGAGAGCUGGAAUGGUUACAAUGGGGGAUGUGGCAUAAGAGAUGGAUACCUGUCCAAAGUGGAUCUGCAGAACUAUAGAUGGUACGUUCAUCUCGAACAAAGCAAUGAUAUCAUUGGCGGAUCUGUUCAAGAUGCCUGCUAUUGGGAUAAAUUAACCUGUUCCGAAGGAGCUUGGGAAGUUCUCGGAGUAAUCCGCGCAUAUCAGAUUGUAUGUGGGAGUAUACAGUUGUUGAAGCUGGGAGAUCAACGCUACAACAUUUUUUACUGCCGGAAAGACGCCUAUGAUGAAUGGCAAAAAGUCAACACUGGAUACUUUAAUCCAUUCUCUUUUGUCUCGAUUGCUUACCAAGCUGGAAUUCCCAUUGUCAACUUACCUUCUGCAAGUGGAGGAGUGGAGGCUGUUACAGUAGACGAUGGGUCUCUGCCCUCCCCUUACAUUGACCCCGCAUCGGGAAUUGAUUCCUCUGAUGGACCUGUUAUUAUUUCUGAUGGCAGCUUUCCUAGCUCCGAACUGUCAGUUUCGAAUACUGGAACCGAAGUUUUGUUAACUGGGCUGAUUACCACUUCGACUCUUCACACUGUGACAAACACUGCCACAAGUACUUUCACGACUCAAACCGGUGAUGACGGAACAAUCACUCUGUCUUCAUAUGUCUCUAACUCUGUGUCUGGUUCUGCAAGGGUAUCCUCUGCGAAAGUGUCCAAACCCACUUCUUCCGAGCUUUCCGCUAGUGGAUCUCGGCCAACUUCUACUUCCUCUUCAAACGCUGGUAUUUUGCUACCUCUCGCCAGGUGGAUAGAAUCAUUUGUGGUUCUCAUUUUAUCAAUCUGA